GUGCCUUUAAGAGCAGCCUGCUGAGUCACGUGUGAGCACGUCAUGUGAUGGUUGAAUUGUGAGUUAAAAAGAAGAAAGAACAGCUUCAGUCUUUAUUUCUCUGUCCUCUGAAUGUUCACCGGCCAGCAGCUGAAACUCUGCACAUAUAUGUUGACCGGUUGGACUCAUCGCACCGAACCUACCGGGUUGUAAGAGGAGUAUGCAGCACAGAGCUGUUUGUUAAUAACAAAACUACAAGUCACCUGCUAAUAAUGAAGCUGCAGAUGGGGCUGGUGUUUCUGGCUCUGCUGGGCCUGAGCUCAGCUCUGGUCUGUCCUGAUGGAGGCAUGUGUGAGGACAAAAACACCUGCUGCAAGAACGCUGUGGGAGGAUACGGCUGCUGUCCACUGCCACAUGCCGAGUGUUGUUCAGACCAUCUCCACUGCUGCUACGAGGGGACAAUUUGUGACCUCGUCCACGCCAAGUGUGUGAAUAAGACUGUUUCCCUGCCCUGGAUGAGACGAGUUCCCUCCAAACAACAACAGGCCCUGCUCGUCCCUCAGCUCUUGGAGAGGGUAAAAGCGAUCAUUUGUCCUGACGGAGAGUCUGAGUGUCCGGAUGAAACGACCUGCUGCCAGCUGCGGGACGCCUCCUGGGGCUGCUGUCCGUUAGAGAAGGCGGUGUGCUGUGAAGAUAAACUCCACUGCUGCCCUGAGGGAACAAAGUGUGAUCUCGCCCACUCAAAGUGCACCUCGUCCUCCCUGCAGUCCGUCCCCAUGCUGCAGAAACUCCCCGCCAGGAGGAGGAGCAACCAGUCAGCUCUUCCAGUCGGCUCAGUGGCCUGUCCUGGAGGAAAAAGCAGCUGCCCUGAAACUUUCACAUGUUGUCUGCUGACCAGUGGAGACUACGGCUGCUGCCCGUUCCCUCAGGCCACGUGCUGCAGCGACCACCUCCACUGUUGCCCGGGCGACACGGUCUGUGACCUGGAACACAACGUCUGCAGGUCAGGAGAGACGAGCAUGCCGCUGCUGGAGAAGAUCGCUGCCGUACCGAACGAUGUUGUGUGUCCAGACGGAGAAACGGCGUGUCCCGACGAGACGACCUGCUGCCAGAUGAACAACGGCACAUUUGGCUGCUGUCCCAUGCCCAAUGCCGUCUGCUGUUCAGAUCACAUCCACUGUUGUCCUGCAGGCACCCAGUGUGACGUCGUGCACAGCACCUGUAAUUCCGCCCUGGGAGAGACGGCCGUGACCACAAAGAUCCUCGCCACCGUGACAGAGCUGACGGUGGUACGGAGCAAAGUCGCAGCCGUCCCCUGUAACGACUCUGUGGCGUGCGCCGACGGGAGCACCUGCUGCAAGUCAGCAGAGGGAGAAUGGGCCUGCUGUCCACUGCCAAAGGCCGUGUGCUGCGAGGACCACCAGCACUGCUGUCCCCACGGCACCACCUGUAACCUGGCCGCCUCCACCUGUGACGACCCGGCCGGUGGCAGCGUAAUGCCGUGGCUCAGCAAAGUGCCCGCCCUCCCCUCGCCGGGAGAGAACAGCAAGUGUGACCGAUCCACGUCCUGUCCCGGGAAAUCCACCUGCUGCAAGACUGAGAGCGGAGGCUGGGCCUGCUGCCCCCUGACCCAGGCCGUGUGCUGUGACGACCACGUCCACUGCUGCCCUCACGCCACCGUCUGCAACCUGCAGGCCGAGACGUGUGACGACCCGUCGGGGGUCUCCCCGUCGCUCCGCUGGCUGGAGAAGGAGCCGGCUCUGACCUCAGAGGUGGAGGACGAGAAGUGUGACAAGGAGACCAUGUGUCCCGGAGGAACCACCUGCUGCAAGAAAGACUCUGGACAGUGGGCCUGCUGCCCCCUACCUCAGGCCGUGUGCUGUAACGACCAGGAGCACUGCUGUCCUAAAGGCUACAAAUGCAACGUGGCGGAGCAGACGUGUGACAAGCCGGGCGCCCUGAGCCUGCCCUGGCUGCAGAAGAUCCCAGCGCUGCAGAAGGUCCCGGCAACGCUGCAGAAGGUCCUGGCGCUGCAGCAGGAGCCCAGCAGGACCGUUUCCGCUCCAGCUUGGCCGGCCAGAAACAUGUGUGACGCCCAGACCAGCUGCCCCCGAGACACGACCUGCUGCUUCAUGGACGAGGAGCAGAAGUGGGGCUGCUGCCCUCUGCCGAACGCGGUCUGCUGUAAAGACGGGAACCACUGCUGCCCGAGCGGUCACACCUGUGAGCCUCACCGCUCCUCCUGCUCCAGGGCUCGCCACGAGGUCAUCCCCUGGUUCACCAAAGUGAGCGCCACGACGGAGCCUAAAGCCACGCCCGGGCCGAGCGCCGUGACGGACGUCAAAUGUGACGACAAGAGCAGCUGCGCCUCCGGGGCGACCUGCUGCAAACUGCAGACCGGAGAGUGGGGCUGCUGCCCGCUGGUCAAGGCGGUUUGCUGCGCCGACCACGAGCACUGCUGCCCUCAGGGCUACAGCUGCAACAUGCAGACGGGAACGUGUGAGAAGAAGAGCGGCGAUGAGCUCGUCCUCUCCCUCCCGCAGAGCAGAGUGGUACGGCCCGAGCCCAGAGACCCCGAGGACGUACCAUGUGACAGCACGGGGGAGUUCCACUGCCCGAAGCACGAGACCUGCUGCAAGGUGUCUGCUGCAGCGUGGGCCUGCUGCCCCUCGCCACGGGCCGUCUGCUGCUCCGACUCCAGGCACUGCUGUCCCUUCGGCUUCUCCUGCGACCUGACGUCUGCAAGCUGCACCCAGACCCAGCUCACCUGGGACUCUCUGAUCGGGGACAGAAAGAAAGACUUUGUCCCUCGUGGACUUUAAUCCAGAACACACAAAAAGGUGCACAGAUCUGCUUCCAUCUAGAUCCCAUUACAUCCAUCUGCAGCUCAAUAAGGGCUUUUAUUCUCUCCACUCCCUGUUGGUUUCCUCAUCCAUGGAAGUGCAUUUAACAAGCGUGUGUGUUUGUGUGUGUGUGUGUGUGUGUGUGUGUACACUCCAGAGUGUGUGUGUGUGUGUGGAGACGAUUACAAUGAAGUAGAUGCACUUUGUAAGCAGGUGGUCAGGUGACAGGACGUGUUUUGUGUUGCAUCAUGAUCUCAGUCCAGCUGCUGGAUUUCAACAUGUGAAUGAUAAAACCACGAGAACACUGGGAACAUACUGUGUCUCCGACAGGACCCCUUUAGUGUUAUUCUACAGUCAUUGAAAAUUUAUUAGACCAUUGUUUUCUUCAAUUACGUGUUCAAUUAAAUGCCUGGUACAACUAAACUACAUUUGUUUGGACAAAUAUAAUGAUAACAACAAAAAUAGCUGAUAAGAGAUGAUAUCUAGACAUUUCCAUGGUUUUUCUUUAUAAUGAUUUUGGUUAUUUUAGCAGCUCUUAAAUUAAACUUUUAUGAGCUAUUUUUGUUGUUAUCAUUGUAUUUUUCCAAACAAAUAUACCUUUAGUUGUACCAGGGAUUAAAAUGAACAAGACAUUGAAGAAAACAAGGGUGGUCUAAUCAUUUUUCCCAUGACUGUAGAUGAUAAAACCAUGACAACAGUGAGGACUUACUGUGUCUCUGAAAGGAAAACUUUAGUGUUAUUCUAUGUUUGUCUUCUUGUCGACACGUUCCAAGAACAGACCAACCAUCAAAGUGUUACUGUGUCUCUAUCUGACUCAAACCAGAGCCCACUUUAAACCUUUAUAUUUGUGACCUUUUAAAAUAGGCCACAAAUAUAUAGUUUAAGUUUAUUUUCUGAGUGUGGGAAACGAUUAAAAAAAAUACAGCCAUGGAAAAAAUUAUUAGACGACCUGUUUUCUUCAAUUUCUUGUUCAUUUUAAUUGUUAUUUGUUUGGAGAAAUAUAAUGACAACAUCAAAAAUAGCUCAUAAAAGUUUAAUUUAAGAGCUGAUAUCUAGACAUUUUCCAUGGUUUUCUUGAUGAUGAUUUUGGUUCCCACACCUGGAAGAUAAAACUUAGUCAGGGAGCUUUUAUUUCCCCGUUUGUUGUUUUUAUUUGCAGGUGAUUUGAAGGGUUGGUUUGUUUUUUUUUCUAGUGGGGUUGCAUGACGUUCUCAUCCAUAAACCAGACUCCAUUCACAAAAACAGUAAUUUUACCUUUCUAGUCUACUGCUGCACCAAUCAGUUAGUUUGUGUUAUUGUUAGACUUUGGGGGUUUUAAAGCGUUAAUUCAGCUUCACUAGAGAUUUAUGAGGCUUUGAGUCACCUGUUAGUGGAUAUAUUCUCUGUUGGUUUUGGUCUUUUCAUGGUAUUUGUCGACUAUAAGAAUUUUUUUUUUAUCCCACUUAUUGUUCUUCUUUGAGUGCCCGGCUCCAUUUCUGGACAAAAAGAAAAACAUAAAUGUCCUUGCAGCUUUACUGCAGGCAGAAUGAUAAAAAUAACUCCUCACAUCUGACUGAAGGAGUUUCUAAUGAUCGUUAUAUUCUUCAGAAUUCUCUCUUCAGUUGUUGAAUUAUUUGCUUGUCUUUGUCGAUUUUUAUUUCAUCAUGUGUGAUUGACUAAAGGGUCCAGGAUAAACCGUGAAGACAUAUUUAAUGUUGAACUGUUAUAGAAUUAGUUUCUUCUCAUUUUUAUCUUUAGGUUUUUUUUGCUAUGCACUUAAUUAAAGUGACUGAGUGUCGGACAGCUUGUGCCUUCUGUGAUUCACCUUUUAGAGGAGCCGCUCGUUCACAAUCAGUCCAUCGAUUUAAAGAAGUUUUUUGCUUUUGUGGAUGUUUUGCACAGCUGAGGGUAGAUUUCUGUAAAUGCAGGCAGGAAAUAAGAGCCGAGCACUUCUUAUAGGGAUAGUUUGGAUGUUUUAAAGCGUGGUUGUAUGAGGUAUUUAUCCAAAAUGGCUCAGUUGUAGCCUAACUUUGGAGCAUUACUUCACCCCCUUCUGACAUGUUUGGUACCAAAACAUUCAUUAGAUUACAGUCUCAGCUUUCCAGUCAGACCAGAUUUAUGCAGCUCACAGACUGUUUAGGGACCCCAGGAUACAUACAGACCACCAAAAAAAAAAACUAAAAAAAAACAACAAAAAAAAACCUCUGUCGUGAGGAAACAUGGAGGCCAGAAACCUGAGACUCUGAUCUGAUUUUGAGGGUUUUUUCAUGUUUCCAUCCAUUCUCACUGCAGCAGCUGAUUCAUGUCGUCAUUGAGUGGUUUCUAUCUUUGACAGAUUGUAUAAAUCCUGCUCUUGAAUUCUGUAACUGGGUGGAGUUUUUCUUUGAGGGACUUUCUAGGUCGCGAGCAAAUUGUAAUUUUAUUAAAUCCACUUUUUAAUGAAUAAAGAUUGGAUCCACCUAAGAAUGACCUCACCAUCCA